GCUCAUCGAAGGAUGGACGACUUGUUACACGAACUUGCGCAGCGCGCACACGCGAAGGAGUGAGAUCAUUGCGCCCAGGUCGUGUGCGCGCGCGGACACGCAGUAGGGUCGUGAUGGAGGAGUCACGUGCCAGUACCUGAGAGCAAGAGACCGCCUGGGCUCUGCGGCCAGGAAAGCACCUCCUCCACCCUUUCCAAAAAUGCCCCGGAAGUGCCUUCGCCCUCAGUAAAGAUGGCUGUAGUACUUUGCAUGAGGGAGGCGGGGCCGCGCCUGCGCAACAAGUUCGGCGGGGAAGAUGGCGGAUGACAAGGAUUCUCUGCCUAAGCUUAAGGACCUGGCAUUUCUCAAGAACCAGUUGGAACGCCUGCAGCAGCGUGUGGAAGACGAAGUCAACAGUGGUGUGGGCCAGGAUGGCUCGCUCUUGUCCUCCCCAUUCCUCAAGGGCUUCUUAGCCGGCUAUGUGGUGGCCAAACUGAGGGCAUCAGCAGUAUUGGGCUUUGCUGUGGGUACCUGCACUGGCAUCUACGCAGCUCAGGCAUAUGCUGUGCCCAAUGUGGAGAAGACGUUGAGGGACUAUCUUCGGUCAUUGCGCAAGGGGCCCGACUAGCUCUGGAUCCCAUGGGGGAGGAAGGAUGAGCAUCUUGGGCCUGCAGGUAGAGGCCUUUCAACCACAGACACCAUAUCUGGCUUCCCCAGCUAUCACCCUUUUGCUAUCUUCAACUUUUCCACAGUCUUCA